GAGGUGGGAUUUUAGCUACCGUCCAUCUUCAGCUACAUUACAGUGAGCCAGCUUGUCGAAAAGAAAACACAAUUUGGAAGUAAAGAAGACUUUUUGGAAUUAGUUUUGGCUGUAUUUGAAAAAAGACAAACGAAAGCCCAUACCAUAGACGGAAUGUGGACAUUGUCGUAGUCAGAGCCAUGGCUGACAAGAGAAAACUUCAAGGUGAGAUCGACAGAUGUUUGAAAAAAGUAGCUGAAGGUGUGGAACAGUUUGAAGACAUCUGGCAAAAGCUCCAUAAUGCAGCCAAUGCAAACCAGAAGGAAAAAUACGAGGCUGACCUCAAGAAAGAGAUUAAAAAACUACAGCGACUGAGAGAUCAGAUAAAAACAUGGGUGGCCUCAAACGAGAUCAAAGACAAAAGGCAGCUAGUCGAAAACCGCAAACUAAUAGAGACGCAAAUGGAGCGGUUCAAGGUGGUGGAACGUGAAACAAAAACAAAAGCCUACUCGAAAGAAGGCUUGGGGCUCGCUCAGAAAGUGGAUCCAGCUCAGAGGGAAAAAGAGGAAACGGGCCUGUGGCUAACGUGUACGAUAGACACUCUCAAUAUGCAGGUGGAUCAGUUUGAAAGUGAGAUAGAAUCUCUUUCAGUUCAGACAAGAAAAAAGAAGGGCGACAAAGAUGAUCGCAUUGAGGAGCUCAAACGAAUGGUUGAAAGGCAUCGAUUCCACAUUCGCAUGUUGGAGACCAUUUUACGAAUGCUGGACAAUGACUCUAUAGUGGUGGAUUCAAUCCUGAAGAUCAAGGAUGAUGUUGAUUACUACAUCGACUCGUCUCAGGACCCGGACUUUGAGGAGAAUGAGUUCAUCUACGACGACUUAGACCUGGAUGACAUCCUCACCACCAACGGGGCGGGGUUGGGGCUCGGCUUGCUUGGUUCCAGCCCGGCCCACAACUCUUUGAGUGCGAGUAUUCUGAGUUUGGUUCCUGGGCAAAAUAUAGCCCCCGGUGCCUCUCAGCUGCCCCCGAGUUCUGUCAGCACGACACCCGGAGCACUUGGCAUGAUGGGAGGCAAUGGAGGGAAUGUUGGCGUGAAUGCUGCUCCUGCGCGACCACCAAGUGGCCUAAAGCAAAAUGGAAGCACAAGUUACAGUGCUGUAGUGGCAGAGAACUCGACAGAAUCAGCUCUAAGCACACCGAGCCAGUCACAAAGCAGCCAGCCCUCGUCUCUCAGUUCUUCAAACAGUCAGCCGAUGGACAACGGCUCCAGUUUAAUCAGCUCCAUCACCCUGCCUCCCAGCUCUCCGUCCCCCUCGUUCUCUGACAGCACACCCGGUGGAGGGAGUCUUCUCAACGGGCCCCACUCCUACACACAGGCCUCGGAGGCCCUCAAGGCCCCCGAGCCUCUCAGCUCUCUGAAGGCGAUGGCUGAGAGAGCAGCGCUGGGAUCCGGUCUGGAUGGAGAGAUCCCCAACCUGCACCUAACAGAGAGAGAUAUCUUCUCUAGUUCGUCUGCGGCGCCCGGCACACCUGCCGCCCCUCAGCCGUCCGUGUCGGAAGUCAGCAUUCCCCCCUCGCUAGGGGUCUGUCCCCUCGGCCCAACCCCCCUCCCCAAAGACCAGCUCUACCAGCAGGCCAUGCAGGAGUCAGCAUGGACGCACAUGCCCCACCCCUCGGACUCGGAGAGGAUCAGGCAAUACCUGAUGAGGAAUCCGUGUCCCACACUACCCUUCCACCAUCAGAUACCCCCGCACCACUCGGACUCCAUUGAGUUUUACCAGAGACUGUCCACAGAAACUCUCUUUUUCAUCUUCUACUACCUGGAGGGCACCAAGGCUCAGUAUCUGUCUGCCAAGGCUCUGAAGAAACAGUCAUGGAGGUUUCACACAAAGUACAUGAUGUGGUUCCAGAGGCACGAGGAGCCCAAGACUAUCACUGAUGAGUUUGAACAGGGCACUUACAUUUACUUUGACUAUGAGAAAUGGGGCCAGAGGAAGAAGGAGGGAUUCACCUUCGAGUACAGGUACCUGGAAGACAGAGACCUGCAGUGACGGACAAUGGGACACGAAAGGACAGAGAGACAAAACGUGCUGCUGUUGACAUUCCGAGACUGAACUUCAAACUGUGGAUAGAGAUUGUGAUGUGUAGUAGAAACCCUCUCCCAACAUGGAGACUGGCGUCUGUAUAGGCUGCAUCUCUACGUGGAGCCUUCACUCCUUCUGUAGCGCUUUGCUUUUGACAAAAAUGCCCUGUGGGUCUGAUCAAAUGCAUCGCGCUGCAAGAGAAGGCGGGCUCUCACUGGAGGUCUGCGUUUGGGCCCGUCUGUGUGCACACUCAGUAUGUGGCAUUAGGAAAGCCUACCCCAUGCAUGUUUCUCAUGUUUUAUUUUUCCGUUUCAACAAGAUUCUCUGUACCACCUACCCCACAUGAGCCUGGAAGCCUUUGACUUGACACAAAACAAACUGCCCAUAUUGUAUUUACUGUAAUUUGGUGGUUUAAAUGGGGAGGCACAGUGGACAUUUAGUCAUGGUGUGUAGGACGGACUUCUUUAAGACCCUACGCUGCCUGUUGAAUAUGGUCCCUAUUAGAGAUAGUGAGCGGUUAUCAAUAGUUUUUAUUGAUAUUGUCUUGGUCGAUUUAAACGCUGAUUGAGAGUGACCACAGGGCCUCUCCCUGUGACAGGGAAAGAGUCCUUAUUGGACAUGGAUUAAAUUGCUAUGCAAUUGAA